GAAACCGAUAACACUGUGUCGUAACUCUCUCACAUUGGCGGUUAAACUCUUCAAUGGCUGAAUAACAAGAGCAAACCCAGUCAAAAUUGCCCAAUGGAGCCUAAGCCUGGUCACCGGAGAAGAAGGAGCCUGUCUGAGGGGCUGAUGCUGGAGGAAUCAGAAAAAGGAGGAUUGGUCAUCUCCAGCAUUAUCGGUGGCUCUUCUGGCAAUCACGGGCUCAAAGAAGGAGAUAAAAUUGUGGGUGCCACGAUCAACUUUGACCAACUUUCGAAAGACGAUGUGUUGAAAAUACUGAAGCUGAUGGAUGAUAAUGGAUUUGAUGAGAAGGUUCAAGUUCUAACGAAAAAUUAUUUGAGCAAGAGUAUGGGGACCUUGGACAGCAUCAAAGCACCAGAGGAGAUGCUGAAGGAUUCAUAUAAUAGACUCUACAAUGCCAAAAUAAAUAGGUUCAUGACAGAUGACAGCCCUGGACAACCUGCAGGUGCUGGGGAAAGAGGCUCCCAUAAUGGACAGGUGAAGGGCAAGGGACCGGGAUCUCUCUGGGACAAGCCUAAAGUGAAAGAUGACCUCAAACUCCCUGUCCUCAACACGGAUUACCCAGUUGUGGAGACACCCAAAGUAGAUGCUCCUACCUACCUAGAGUCUCCAGACCUCAAAUUCUCUGCUCCAAAGUUAAAGGUGCCUAAACUUGAUGUCAAAGGCAAGGUACCUGAUGCUCGCGGUGGAGAACUUUCAUUGCCUAAUGCCAACAUUAGUACAUCAGAUCUCUCCCUGCCUCAUUUGAAUGGGUCACUAAACAUUGAUGCUCCAUCAGUUAACCUGGAAAGGCCAAAUCUUGAAACUGAUAUAGAUGCUUUAAAUAUCAAUGCCCCAAUGUUUGAUAUUGAAAGAGGCAAAAAUGUUAAAAUGCCCAAAUUUAAGAUACCUGACUUGGGUCUCUCUGGACCCAGAGUAAAGGUACCCAGCCUUGAGGUUGAUACACCAAAUAUGAGGAUCCCAGAUAAAGAUAUGCUUGGAGUUAAUUUUAAAGGUCCCCAAAGAGACCUACAAACACCAGAUGUUAAUCUCAAAGGUCCUAAUCUAGACCUGCAAGCCCCAUAUGUCAGCAUAAUGAAUAUGCCAUCAAAUAAAAUCAGAGUCUGGUCCUCCAAGAAACUGAAAACCCCCAACCUUGAUGUGUAUGAUCCCUCUGGUUAUUUUGAAUUGCCUAAGGUUAGGCUCUCUCACACAGUACCAAAAGGACCAAAUUUAGACAUUGAUGCAGUUUUAAAGACACCAAACAUGCAUCUUAAAACCUCUUUGAUUGGUGCUCCUGACCUGAAUGACCCUGAUCUAGAUUUACCUUCAGUAGACCUUAAAGGUUCCAAAAUAGAUAUAGAGUUACCAGAUGCAAACAUUGGUAUCCCAUCUGGGAAGAUCAAAACACUAAGUCUUGGUAUGCCUGACUUUAAUAUAUCUGGACCAAGAGUUCGGACUCCAGACCUGGACCUCUCAGCGGCUGAGAUGUGUCCAUUAGACGUCCGUCUGCCUGACCUCAGUACUCCAGAUAUUGACAUACCCUCAGGUAAAUUCAAACUACAGGAACCACAUGCAGAACUCAAAGCACCUGAUUUCAAUGUGGAUGCCUCCUCUGGUAAACUGAAGAUGCCCAAAUUUGGGUUAUCUGGCCUAAAAAGACCUGAUCUGGGCAUUGAUGCUGAUGUAAAAACACCAAAGGUAAGUCUCAAAGCUCCCAAGAUAAAAGGUGGGCUUGAUGCGCCUGACUUGAAUUUACCCAAAGUCAACCUGAAAGCACCUAAAUUAGAAAUAAACACUCCAGAUAUUGACAUUGAUGCACCCUCAGAAAAAUUCAAAAUGCCAAAGUUUAAGAUGCCUAAAUUUGCCCUUUCGGGCCCUAAAGGGCCUGAGGUUGGCAUUGCUGGAAACUUGGAUGGACCAGAUCUGAGCUUAUUAUCUUCCAAACGACCAGACUUGGAUGUUGGUAGCCCAUCUGGAAAAUUAAAGAUGCCAAGUUUAAAGGUGCCAGACUUUGGCUUCUCAGGGCCAGAUGUACGAGGGCCUGACUUUGAGGUAAAGAAUCCAGACUUGGAUCUUUCAGCCCCCAAGUUUAAAGGGGGAAUUAGUCCCCCAGAUUUGGAUUUGCCAGAUGGAGACCUCAAAGGCCCCAAAUUAGACCUCAAUAAACCAGAUGUAAACUUUAAUAUGCCCUCAAGUAAAGUCAAAGUACCUACAUUGAAGAAACCAAAGGUUGAUCUGAAUGCUCCUAAUCUGGACAUUAAUGGCCCCUCUGGUAAACUGAAAAUGCCCAAAUUUGGGCUGUCUGGUAAAAUGUCAAAAUCUCCCAAAUUAAAUCUUAAAGUUCCAAAGAUGAAGGGGGGAAUUGAUUUUCCAGACCUGAAUUUACCAGAUGCUGACCUUAAAGCCCCGAAACUAGAUGUGAAUGCUCCAGAUCUCGACAUCAAUGCACCCUCAGGGAAAUUCAAGAUGCCUAAAUUUGGGCUGUCUGGUACAAUGCCAAAAUCUCCCAAAUUAAAUCUUAAAGCUCCAAAGAUGAAGGGGGGAAUUGAUUUUCCAGACCUGAAUUUACCAGAUGCUGACCUCAAAGCCCCUAAACUAGAUGUGAAUGCUCCAGAUCUCAACAUCAAUGCACCCUCAGGGAAAUUCAAGAUGCCUAAAUUUGGGCUGUCUGGUACAAUGCCAAAAUCUCCCAAAUUAAAUCUUAAAGCUCCAAAGAUGAAGGGGGGAAUUGAUUUUCCAGACCUGAAUUUCCCAGAUGCUGACCUCAAAGCCCCUAAACUAGAUGUGAAUGCUCCAGAUCUCAACAUCAAUGCACCCUCAGGGAAAUUCAAGAUGCCUAAAUUUGGGCUGUCUGGUACAAUGCCAAAAUCUCCCAAAUUAAAUCUUAAAGCUCCAAAGAUGAAGGGGGGAAUUGAUUUUCCAGACCUGAAUUUACCAGAUGCUGACCUCAAAGCCCCUAAACUAGAUGUGAAUGCUCCAGAUCUCGACAUCAAUGCACCCUCAGGGAAAUUCAAGAUGCCUAAAUUUGGGCUGUCUGGUACAAUGCCAAAAUCUCCCAAAUUAAAUCUUAAAGCUCCAAAGAUGAAGGGGGGAAUUGAUUUUCCAGACCUGAAUUUCCCAGAUGCUGACCUCAAAGCCCCUAAACUAGAUGUGAAUGCUCCAGAUCUCAACAUUAAUGCACCCUCAGGGAAAUUCAAGAUGCCUAAAUUUGGGCUGUCUGGUACAAUGCCAAAAUCUCCCAAAUUAAAUCUUAAAGCUCCAAAGAUGAAGGGGGGAAUUGAUUUUCCAGACCUGAAUUUCCCAGAUGCUGACCUCAAAGCCCCUAAACUAGAUGUGAAUGCUCCAGAUCUCAACAUUAAUGCACCCUCAGGGAAAUUCAAGAUGCCUAAAUUUGGGCUGUCUGGUACAAUGCCAAAAUCUCCCAAAUUAAAUCUUAAAGCUCCAAAGAUGAAGGGGGGAAUUGAUUUUCCAGACCUGAAUUUACCAGAUGCUGACCUCAAAGCCCCUAAACUAGAUGUGAAUGCUCCAGAUCUCAACAUCAAUGCACCCUCAGGGAAAUUCAAGAUGCCUAAAUUUGGGCUGUCUGGUACAAUGCCAAAAUCUCCCAAAUUAAAUCUUAAAGCUCCAAAGAUGAAGGGGGGAAUUGAUUUUCCAGACCUGAAUUUACCAGAUGCUGACCUCAAAGCCCCUAAACUAGAUGUGAAUGCUCCAGAUCUCAACAUCAAUGCACCCUCAGGGAAAUUCAAGAUGCCUAAAUUUGGGCUGUCUGGUACAAUGCCAAAAUCUCCCAAAUUAAAUCUUAAAGCUCCAAAGAUGAAGGGGGGAAUUGAUUUUCCAGACCUGAAUUUCCCAGAUGCUGACCUCAAAGCCCCUAAACUAGAUGUGAAUGCUCCAGAUCUCGACAUCAAUGCACCCUCAGGGAAAUUCAAGAUGCCUAAAUUUGGGCUGUCUGGUACAAUGCCAAAAUCUCCCAAAUUAAAUCUUAAAGCUCCAAAGAUGAAGGGGGGAAUUGAUUUUCCAGACCUGAAUUUACCAGAUGCUGACCUCAAAGCCCCGAAACUAGAUGUGAAUGCUCCAGAUCUCGACAUCAAUGCACCCUCAGGGAAAUUCCAGGUGCCUAAAUUCAGAGGCCUAAAGGGACCAGAUGUUGACAUUAAUGGCGCUAUAGAGGGACCAGAUCUGAACUUGUCAUCUCCCAAACGUAAGGGUCCCAAAGCAGACCUAAACCUUCCAGACACUGAUAUUGACAGUCCAGCAGGAAAACUCAAAAUGCCAACUUUCAAGAUGCCAGAUUUAGGAUUCUCUGGACCAAAAAUUAAGGGGCCUGACUUAAAUCUUUCAGCCCCCAAGUUUAAAGGGGGAAUAAGUCCCCCAGAUUUGGAUCUGCCACAUGUAGACCUCAAAGGCCCCAAAUUAGACCUCAAUGCACCAGAUGUAAACUUUAAUAUGCCCUCAGGUAAAGUCAAUGUACCUACAUUGAAGAAACCAAAGGUUGAUCUGAAUGCUCCUGAUCUGGACAUUAACGGCCCCUCUGGUAAACUGAAAAUGCCCAAAGUUGGGCUGACUGGUAAAAUGCCAAAAUCCACAAAACUGAAUUUCAAAGCCCCAAAGAUAAAGGGGGGAAUUGGUUCCCCAGACAUGCAUUUACCAGAUGCUGACCUCAAAGCCCCUAAACUAGAUGUGAAUCCCCCAGAUCUUGACAUAAAUGCAUCUUCUGGGAAAUUAAAAAUGCCCAAAUUUAAAAUGCCUAAAUUCAGGGGCCUAAAGAGACCAGAUGUUGACAUUGAUGGAGACUUAGAGGGCCCAGAUAUUGAUAUCAAUACCCCCACAGCUAACCUCAAAGGUCCCAAAACAGGUCUAAAAAUGCCUGAUUUGAAGAUGCCUGAUUUUGGACUAUCUGGCCCAAAUGUAGUUUAUGAUUUACCCAAUAUUGACCUCUCAGCACCAAAGCUAAAAGGGGGAAUCAGUCCCCCAGAUUUGAGACUACCUAAGGGUCAUAUCAGAGGGCCCAAACUAGACCUCAAUGCUCCAGAUAUGCCCUCAGGUAGAUUCAGAGUUCCAACCAUAGAGAGGCCAAAUGAUAGCAUAAAAGCCCCUGAUUUGGACAUCAACACUCCUUCAUUCAAAAUGCCCAAAAUGCCUAAAUUUGUGUUGUCUAGUCCAAAAAGACCAGAUCAUGACAUCAGUGCUGACAUAGGUUUUAAAUUGUCAAAUAUGAAAGGUGGGAUUGGUUCACGACACCUGGACCUACCUACAGUUGACCUAGACGCCCCUAAAAUAGAUGUAGACACUCCAGAUAUGAACAUUGAUUCACCCUCUGGGAAAUUCAAAAUGCCCCACCUCAAAAUGCCUAAAUUCGUCCUUUCUGGCUUGAAAGGUCCAGAUCCUGGAAUAGAUGGAGACAUUGAUGGACCGGACCUGAGUUUGUCAGCCCCGAAAGUAAACACAGGGAUCGGUAGUCCAGAUUUAGACAUAAAUGUUCCCUCUGGUAAUCUCAAAGGCCCCCAAGCUGAUCUCAAUUUGCCAGACAGUGACAUUGCUAUACAAUCUGAAAAAUUCAAACUGCCAUCCUUUAAAUUGCCUCAGUUUGGAAGUCCCAAUCUAAGGGCAGGUACACAUAUGGACUUUAUGAAAACAAAUGACAUUUCUCCUCCAAAGGUUAAAGUGAAUCUAAAAGCACCAGACUUGAAAGUUAGUCACCCAGAUGUCAGCCUGAGCAUACCCAAAGCUGAUACCAGAAGCCCAGAAUACAAAGUGGCAUCUCAUAGUAAACGCAGAUCUGAUAUCCCAGGUGGAGCACAUAUAAAAGUGCAAGCAGAAGACAUAGAUACAGAAGUGACACUGCCACACACUGAUAGGAAGUCUAGGAAGGUCAAAGGAAGGGCCAGUUAUCCCAUUGCAGAUAUUGAUUUGCCAAAAGUUGAGUAUAAAGCAUCUGGUUUGGAACUGAGAGGUUCAGACCUUCAUGAUCCCACAGGGAAAUUAAAAAUGCCCAAAUCCAAGACUUCUAAAUUGGGUAGUCAUACAAGAAUACCAGACCUUGAUAUAGACUCAAGUCCUGCCAGUAUUAACGCCUCAGUUCCUAAACUCCCACCCCCAAGGUAUGGAGUAGAGGUUUCACAGCCAGAUUUAAAUUUGAGUAGAACUGACCUCAAGGGCAAUAAACAUCAUAGGAAAGCCCCAGCUGGUGAAACUGGCAGAACAAAAAGGAGUCCAAAACAGUCUGAAAUUGGAACUUCCAUGCCAAAUUUUACUCAUGGUUCAAACCCCAAAAUGUCUGAAGAUGAAGAAGGAUAUUUUGUCACUGUAUUUCCCAAACAUCUCAAAGAGGAUGUACCAGACGGAACUGGGAGCCUGAAAAAUCAUCACAAGGAAGAGUCAAACUGUAGAUCUCAUACACUCAGAAGUCUCGACUUCAGUGCAUCAAAUGUGGACCUUGAAGUUCCAGAAGAUGAUAACUUAAAAGGGUCAACAUUCUGGCUUUCAAAGCUUAUAUAGCAUUCAGACAACUGACUAAAUGUCCUUUUAGGUUGGUUUGAAUCACAAUCUUCUGUUGAAACAUAAUGCAGAAAAUGUCUGUUACAUAUAAAACAAGCAUCAGAUUAUUUGCACUUAUUUGUACAUUUUUUUAUGUAAAUUCAUUGGUAUUUGUUAUGAAAAUGUGUAAAGCUUUCUUUUGUCAAGUGAUUAAAAAAAUGUAUGAAAGGUUUGUUAUGUUCUGCUGAUAAGCUAUUCGAAUGGUAGUUUUACUCUACACUUGCUACAUUGUAAUAAAAUUACAUUUAGUAACUUU